AUGGAUAAAGAUCAUUCCACCUCUGCAGACACCGCAGCAUUAGUAUCAGAAGAAAAAGUCAAUAACAACAACAAUAAUCUUGAUUCAUUUUCUGCUUUCAAUCAGUUUAUUAAUGAUAAAGUUUCAAAUAGGAAAAAUAAACGUGAUCGUGAAGAGCUAUUAGAAGACUACCAGGAAGAGGGAAAGAAAAGGACAAAGUAUAACGAUAAUAUUAUUUUGAAAGAUAAAAUACCGUGUUCUUGUAUAAAAAAGUGUGAAAAUCGCGUAAAUAAUACUAAUGAUACCAAUAUGGAAACUUUUAAUUACACAUAUACAGAUCAUUAUACAUACGCUGAUAAUUUUUGCAGUUGUAAUCAGAAUGUAACUAAUAACAGAUUUUAUACUCCCAAUGAAAUUUCCACUGAAAAAAAAAACCAAUGGGAAGAUAUAAUACAAGAAAAUAUGACCACCUUUUUUAAAGAUAUUUUCGAAUCAUCAAAAUUCAGUGCAUUCUGUGGGCAAGCAAAAUAUAAUACUGAUAUUAAUACAACACCACCUAAUAGCUUCCCUAGUACCUUGGACAUUAGAAAUAGAAAUAGCGUCGACCUUGGUAGUUUGAGUACGCUCACGGCCAGUAUCAAUACUGCUGUCACUCCAUUAGUAUCCUCCUAUGCUACUAGCCUUGAAAUGGUAAAGAAUUCAUUACGAGAAUAUAAUCGAGAUUUGGAAUCGUUGUCCCAAAAUAUCUUUUCUGGUGCUGACAAUAGUAAUCAAUCAACUAAAGGUUGUUUGUAUUCAUCAUCACCAUUAUCUUCUUCCUCCUUUUGUUCUCUAUUAAAACAACAGAAUUUUCCGUUAUAUCAACAAUAUUGUUACAGUACUAAUUCUAAUAGGACUGGUAAUUAUAAUAUUAGGAGCAGGAGCUAUUCUGCAAAGAAUUCUAAUAAUAAUAGCACUGCUUAUUGUUAUGAUUACGAUUAUUAUAAUAAGAUAUAUGGUAAUAACUUUACCGGUAAUGAGAAUAGCAAUUGUUUCCAAUAUUUAUAUCAAGGUUACGUACCGCCUGCACCUGCCACAACUGUUAUUGAAACCACAAAUAAUAUUCCUAAAAGUACUACCACUUUUGUUGAAAAUGCCCCUAAAGUGGAGCCAAAGAACUUUAUAGAAAAAACGUGCAACGGUAAUGUUAGCUUUACCAAUAACUUUAAUUCUAAGAAAACACCAUCUAUAUGGUCACAAAAAAUAAGUAAUAUAUUAUACGAAGGGUUAUCUUUGAUUCCAAUGGACUCUAAAUCAAGAACAUUGAUUACUGGGAAAUUUUACGGUAGGAAUGAAUUGAUAUCAUUGUAUAUUUUAUUCAAGUCAAAUGGUAGUGAAUACAGAAGUCCAAAACAAAUCUCAUCGCACUUGCAAGUUUUAAAAAAACAACUUACUAAACGAAUUUCAUUUUAUUCAACAGCAUUAGAGUCUAUGGUUGGCAACAGUUCAGGUACAAACCAACUAACUAGGCAAACUUUGAUUGAUAUUUUAGCGUAUGAAACCUCACUUUUAAAAAUGAUUCUUGAAGGGGCAGUAGAUAGCAUAGAGAAGAAGAAACAAUUUCAAGAAAUAUUUGAAACUUUGCUGAGCAAUAGCGAAUUAACCGGAAUAAUUAAACAACAUACAUGA